AUAGUUAUAUGGGUACUUACAUCAGAGCUCAAUGGAUGGAACCGGAUCUUUUACCCACGGACAGACGUGAGGAAGAAGUGUUCGCCCUGAAGGCCGCGGAGCAGCUUCCACUUCGCCAGAACCAACAGGACGUGCUGGAGACACGUAUCAUCACGAAGCACAGCCCUAAGGAUAGCUUGCUCCCAGAAUCGUCCCUAAUCUGUGCCAACCACCAUCUGAAAAAUGGAACAGGGAGAAAGAAUAAUUGCGAAGAUGCAAGGAAUUCGAACGAAGGAGAUGAGAACCCAAGACCAGAAACGGAGACGGAGACGCCGGACCGAAGUCAAGACCAGAAUAGGUCUGAGGGAUGGUGUGAGACAGAGACCGCGAGGACCAUUAUGAGAGAGGAGAGCAUCCCGCAACUGUUUGUGAGCAUCCAGACUGGAAAUGUGCGGGAAGUUACGUCACUCCUGGAGCAACAGCCGUGCAUUGUGAACAGCCUUAGAUACAGUGGUCUGGCUCCCAUACAUUACGCGUGCCACAAGAAGAAUAUUCGCAUUCUCAAAGUUUUGCUCGAUCAUGGGGCCAAGAUAGGAUCCUUGGACACCCUCGGAAACACCCCUUUGCACUUGGCUGUGAACGACGCUUGGCUUGACGGCGUGUCGGAGCUCCUAAAGCGAGGGGCGUCUCCGAAUACCAAGAACGCCCCUCCCGCCACGAUCAAGGAAGUGGUUGUUGAGACGCCCCUUCAUGCUGCGAUACGCCGGCGGGACAUGGCAUCAGUAACGCUGAUGAUGGAACAUGAACCCGACCUGAACAUUUUGGAUGGGAAGAACUGCUCUGUGCUGCACUUGGCCGCUCAGACCCGCAAUCUGGAGCUGGUAAGGAAGCUGGUGAAUCAACCGACAGUUGUCAAGGAAUGUAACACUAAGGACAAAAACGGCCGGACGGUCCUCCUCGCCGCGCUGUCUGAAAAGUGUGGUGAGGACUCCGAACUCCUGGUCAUUGAGCUGAUUAAGAUUCUGUCUAGAUCCGUCGUAGAUAUCAAUACUACCAACUAUGUGGGGGAGACACCUUUGUUCCUGGCCUCUCGCUACGGCCUGAGCAGAGUCGUUGAACUUCUGCUCUCUCUGGGGUCGGAUCCGACCAUCCUGACGACCUGGGGGCAAUCUGUCCUUCAUGCUGCAUGUCUCUCUGGCUCCUCAGACACACUUGACAUUCUUCUGCAGAGGGGUGACUUGAAGAAUAUGGUCACUGUGGUUGACAAGGAAAGAUGUAGAGCAUUUGAUUAUGCAGUUAAAAGUUCGUCUGUCCGUUGUUGUUACCUUCUCUUAAUCAAUGGUGAACAUCUCGCCAAUAUCAAGGAUGGCGUGUCGAACUGCGAAUUGAUGCUCGAACAUCUCCCUUCAGCCUCACAGGUCUUGAAGAAACUAUUUGAUUCUCACGUUCAUUUGUCAGAAGAGUCUCUGCAUGACCCAGACUUCAGCAUUACAUUUGAUUAUUCGGCCCUUCUCUCGGAGGAAAAGGAGACCAUUCAGUGUUCCGUAGUAUCAGAAUUAGUACAUUCCCAUUCUGAAGAUCUGAUCAAACAUCCUCUCCUGGAAAGCUUCUUGUAUGUCAAGUGGUGCUACAUUCGAAAGUACUUCUACACCGGUGUCUUGAUGUACUUCAUUUUCCUAAUCCUUCACACCACUUAUGUUAUGCUCAUCUUCGGGAAUUCGCUGACAGACUGGCACGAAGACAUUGUUAUGCUGUGGACUUUUCGAGCAGGACACAUUUUAUGUUACAUUGUUCUUCUCUUCCCAAACGUUGUUAUGGUAAUUGCCAACUUUAGGAAAUAUAGCAAACAAGUGGAAACUCUAAUAAGAUUUGUGACCUUUAUCAGUUCAGCAGUUGUAGUUUUCUCACCAAUUGUAGACUACAAAGCCUUGGAGGAGAUUGCCAUUAGUAAAAACAUGUCAUCCUUAAAUGACACCUCUGCCCCUACUUCUCAGUCUGACCACCUACCAAUAACAGCGGAGAGACAAAUGGCCGCACUGUCGGUUUUCUUAGUGUGGGUUGAGUUUAUGUUACUUCUUGGACGCUACCCGAUGCUAGGUACUUACAUUCUGAUGUUCUCUGGUGUGGCAAAGUCUAUGAUGAAGUUCCUGCUUUCUUUUGUAUUCCUUCUUUUUGGAUUUACUUUUAGUUUCCACAUCUUGUUUCAACAACUACCGGUUUUUAAGACAUUUCCUCUCUCAUUCGUUAAAACGUUGAUGAUGAUGAGUGGAGAGAUAGCAUACAGUGAGUUUGUUACGGCAAUGGAUGUGCCUCUUAGUGGACUGAUUUUACUGUCCUUCUACUUAUUCAUUGUGGCUAUCUUGUUAGCCAACCUCUUCAUUGGUUUAGCUGUUAACGACAUUCCAGGCCUACAGAAGCAAGGAAGAAUCCACAGGUUGGCUAAACAAGCCUCAUACAUCGUGGCUUUCGAGAAGCUGCUUAUGGCGCUAAUGAGCCAAAUGUCCUUUCCCCACCUUCUUCUCCGGCUAGUAAAUGGCAGGUGCAGCAUCAAGCCAGAGGUUAAAGUCUUCCCCAAUAAAAAGGAGACUGUUGUUACUCGUGAGAAUAUUCGAGAGGCCAUAAAACUUGGUAACCUGGACAUUCCUAAAGAAGAAACUUAUUCCUCUGACGAUCACAGUGUUUCUAGCUCAUGCCUCACGAGCGGCCAAAAACAUGCAGAAGAGAUUAACGCAUUAAAAAGUAGGGUUGAUGAACUUGUUAAAUGUUGCAACAGUACACAGCAGCAACUAAGUCUUAUGCAACAACUGUUGGAUACUCACAUGACACAGAUGUCUCAGCAACUUCAGCAACAUCAGCAAACUAUGCAGGAAAUAUAUGACCGGACUUUUCGAGAAAACGGAAGGAUCCAGUCUGACAGCCUGCAGUGAGAGGUAUUUGCUCUAAGACCAGUGCUUCCCAAAAUUUAAUUUAUCAUGUAUUUCUUGACCCCCAUGUAUUUUUGUUAUGAUUUCUGUGCCAAACCAUUCGUUAUCCCCAAAACCACAGCCGUCAUCACUAUCAUUCACCUGGUUCACCACCGUCCUCACCACGGUUACCACCACCACAGAUAUCACCACACAAACCACCUUAAGGGCUGGUCACAUUGAUAUAUUAUGUCCAGGGAUCCCUUCACAGAGCUGGAUGCUUCCCUAGGUGUAAGCGGAUUCGAUAUGAAAAUCCCUCCACAGCGCGAAAACGCUAUGUCGGUAUUUCAUCCCUGCCUAGAGCUUUUUAGAAACAAAAAAUAUAAUUUAAUUAUCGGUAAACUCAUUACGUAGACACUUUUCAUCUAUGGCAAAAGGUGCGGAAAUCUAAAAUAAGGGAGAUAAAGGGCAGAGAAGACAGAAGCUCGACCCUUCAUUUCCUAAGACCCCUUUCAUAUUUGCCUUACAAGGAUCAAAACAAAUGUGAUGCGUUACUCAUAACUGCGAUCCAGCAAGUAGUCCAUGUAUUGCUACAUGCUUGUGAGAACGCUUAUUUUGUCAUUACUCGCAUCUGUUUCUCCAAUUACAUGUAUGUAAUGCA